AUGUUGCUAAUGUGAAUGAUUAACUGCACCAAUUCUUCUUGUACCAGGUCACCUGGCUUUGGCAUCUGCCUGGUGGCUGAAACAAAAGGUGCCUUCCUCUGUGCGGAAGCCAUGUCUAAUCCAGCGGGAGUUGUAGAGAGCCCCAGUGUGCCUGAGGAUGUUGGAGAGCAGGCAGCUCGCGCGUUGCUCCGUGAAAUAUACCGGGGUGGUUGUGUUGACUCAGCCAAUCAAGGUCUGGCAGCUGUGUGUAUGUGUCUUGGCCCUCCCGAUGUCUCCAAGUGCAUUGUGGGACCACUUACACCUUACACGAUACAAAUGCUACGCCACCUGCGAGAUUUCUUUGGCGUAACCUUCAAGGUGGAGGGUGACUGCCCAGGGGAGGGGGCACCCAAAGUCCAGCUCACAUGUGUAGGAGUUGGAUUCAGCAAUCUGGCGAAGACUACAUCUUAGCAUCAUCAUUACGGUGUCUUCUUGCUCUCAUAAGUCCUUUGACUUCAUUUCAUGUGAAUGAUACUUGUAAAUAAAAAUAUAUA